CAUGGGCAGCUUUCCUUGUGAUGCCACAGGUUCUACUGGACACACUGCUCCCUGGCCACGCCUCCUUUCCCUUUUAUCUUUCUCAUUGACCAAUGGGCUUGGAGUAUUAAGGCCACGCCCCCAUUCUGCAUUCUAGUGGGGCCCUGGUUACGCCUCCUCUGGCUCAGUCACACAGCCGCCUGGUAGGUGACUGGAGGUGUUCGCUGAUGUGGCCCCAACCCUGCCUCCCUCCCCACCCCAUGAUGUUAGAAGAGACUCGACAGAGUCAAUUGGCAGCAGCCAAGAAAAGGCUAAAAGAAUAUCAGCAGAGGAACAGCCCUGCUGUUCCAGCAGGAGCGAAGACAAAAAAGAAGAAAACUGUCAGUAGCCCUGAGACAACCACUUCUGGUGGUUGCCACUCACCUGGGGAUAGUCGGAACCAAGAACUGGAAGUAGCCCCGGACUCAAGGUCCACAACAAUCAAUCAACUCUAUGAAAACAUAGAAUCACUGAAACAACAGAAGAAACAAGUGGAACAUCAGCUGGAAGAAGAAAAGAAAGCAAACAAUGACAUACACAAAGCACAGACGGAGCAGUUAGAGACAAUCAACAUCCUCACGCUGGAAAAGGCAGACUUGAAGACCACCCUUUACCAUACUAAACGUGCCGCCAGACACUUCGAAGAAGAGUCCAAGGAUCUGGCCGGCCGCCUGCAAUACUCUUUACAGCGUAUUCAAGAAUUGGAGCGGGCUCUCUCUGCUGUGUCUACACAGCAGCAGGAAGAGGACAGGUCCUCGAGCCGCAGUGAAGCCGUCCUCCAGCGGCAGUUACAGCAGACCAGAAAGGAGCGGGCGCUGCUGAACGCACACGUGACACAAGUGACAGAGUCACUUAAACAAGUCCAGCUGGAGAGAGAUGAAUAUGCUCAACAUAUAAAAGGAGAGAGGGCCCGGUGGCAGGAGAGGAUGCGGAAAAUGUCAAUGGAGGCUCACGCAUUGAAGGAGGAGAAGAAGCGUGACAUACAUCGGAUACAGGAGCUGGAGAGGAGCUUGUCCGAACUCAAACACCAGAUGGCUGAGCCCCUGUCCCCGGUGGACCCAGCAGAGACAUCUGAGGUGGAACAGCUACAAGAUGAGGCCAAACACCUGAGGAAGGAGGUGGAAAGUCUGGAGGGAAAGCUCCAAUUCCAGUUGAAAAACAAUCAGGCCUUGAGUCUCCUGAGCAAGGAACAGAAGGAGAGGCUCCAGAAGCAGGAGGAGAGGCUCCGAGAGCAGCAGGAGAGGCUCCAAAAGCAGGAGGAGAAGAUCCAAGACCAGGAGGAGAGGCUCCAAGAGCAGGAAGAGAGGAGGUUGCGGGAGGAGGAGAGACUAUGUGAGCAAAAGGAGAGGCUUCGAGAGAAGCAGAAGAGGCUGGGGGAGCAGGGUGAGAGACUGCGAAAGCAGGAGGACAGGCUACGAAAGCAGAAGGAGAGGCUGCAAAAGGAGGAGGAGAGAUUACAAAAGCAGGAGGAGAGACUGUGGGAGAAGGAGGAGAGGCUACGAAAACAGGAGGAGAGGCUGCAAAAGCAGGAGGAGAGGCUCCUGCUCUCCCAGAACCACAAGUUCGACAAGCAGCUGGCUGAGCCACAAUGUGACUUGGAGGAUCUGAACAACAAGAACAAGAGCGCACUGCAGUUGGAACAGCAAGUAAAGGAGCUGCAGGAGAAGCUGAGCGAGGAGCACCUAGAAGCUGCCAACCAGCAGAACCAACAGCUAGAGACCCAGCUGAGUCUCAUGGCUCUCCCUGGACAAGGAGAUGGAGGAGGACAUCUGAACAGUGAGGAGGAGGGGGUGCCUCGGCCUAUGCCGAGUGUCCCAGAGGACAUGGAGAGCCGGGAAGCCACGAGUGGCUUUAUGGACCUCCCGAGGGAGAAGGUGGACGGGAAGCAGCAGGUGGAGAAUCUAGAGCUUGGAUUCAUCCAGCUCUCUGGAGCGACAGACGGCAUGAGAGAGCACAUCACGGUAUAUGAGAGCCAGGGGGCAGGGCCAAACACGCGGCACCAGGAGGAGGAAGCCAGCAGGCUGGCCCAGAACGAGGAGGAGAUGAAGGUGAAGCUGCUGGAGCUGCAAGAUAUGGUGUUGCCGGUUGUGGGCGACCACGAGGGGCAUGACAAAUUCCUCCCUGCUGCCCAGAACCCUGUUAAUGAGCCCGCUUCAGGGGCCCCAGCCCCCCAGGAGCAGGGUGAUUUUCACCACAGCAUGAAGCCUGCACCGGGACAGGCCAGGGAGGGUUCUCCCCGUGACAACCCCACUGCACAGAAGAUCCUGCAGCUGCUUCCUGUAACGCAGGACACCCAGGAGCACCCAGGCUUGGCCACCAAACCCUGCAUGCCAUUCUUUUACCGGGCAGCCGAGAACAGAGAGAUAAACAUCAUCAUCAUCUGAGAGCUGGUCAAGAAAUUUUAAAAAAUCAACAACAAAAAGUUAUGGGGUUAAUCCCCUACACAAUUCAUCUACUUCAUUGGAAUGUUAGAACCCCUCAUGUUUGUGUUUCUAAUUUACAGUUUAAUUUCUUUCUGAAAAGUAAGGGAGAGGGAUCUUUCCCCGAUGUUCACUCUGGCAUCCUUUAGCAUUUUUGUUUUUAAUUGAUAAUUGUAGGUCAUUAGCUCGCAUAUCGAGUUUGCCCUUACAUGGUGGGAGUUCAAACACACAAAGACCCACUAUUUGCACAAAACUAUUCUUACUGGUUUGGAAUAGGCUGCCCUGCUUUUUAAAUGUUAUUGCAGCAUGUAUAUUCAUUAAAUAAUUCAGAUAAAAUCUGCUUAUGUUCUGUUAUUAUGUUUGAUCGAAUCCUAAUCACAGUGAGCUCUUCAUUAGCUCAAUAUGUGGUUUGCCCUCAAGUGCGCACUGUUUCUUACUUUGUAAUAUGCCACUGUGAGUACUGACAUUUAGAGUUGUUUAAAGGCUGAGAACUGGAAACAGCCUUUCCCCUAUUUUCUGUGUAUUGGGGAUGGGAGUAGUAACAUUUUGGGGAGCUUUUUAAAUCUCACAGAAGAGGAAAGUGGCCUGCUCUGGCAGGUGUGCGCAGGAUAGAGUGUGAUUCAUUUGUUCUGGUGCCAGGAAUGAGCGCGGUACUAUGGUAGUUCCCUUAGGAUUUGUAUGUGCUCUGGGCUCAUGAAGAUAUCGCAGCAUGAGCUGCAGCAGUUGGACUCUUACUCAAUGACCUAAAAAGGGAUUCUUUCUGAGGAAUGAAAGGCUCCCAUCAUUGACUGUGGAUGCGGAAAACCUUUUCUAGCUUAGAGCAUUUAUAUCUACAAUACAUUUUAAAGUCAGAGUUCAUGUUACCUGUUUUAAUCACCAUGUUCACGUUACCUGUUUUAAUCACCAUGUUCAUGUUACCUGUUUUAAUCACCUGUCUCCACGGCCAGCAAUCCCCAAAGUUCAGGACCCAUGAUGCCCUCCCAGGAAACUGACUGCAAUGCAGAUUCUUGGGCUCCACUUCAGAAAUUCAGUAGGGCUUGGUGGGGCAACAUUAGAAGGUUAGAGUUCAUCAGAAAUAUAGAAUUUUAAAGUGUGAGUUCAACUGAAUAAAUUUGAAUUUCUGUAGGAAGUAAAGAAUCAAAAUACCUAUUUAAAGAUUGCAAUAUAUGGUCAUUAUUUUUAAAGUAUCUGAUUAAACCUGAUAAGUUUUCCAGAAAUGAAAAAAAUCAGUUCUAAAACCAAAGCUGAUAUUUAGAAAAUGUGAAAAUGUAACUCAGCCCUAUCCAUAAUAUAGUUUCUCUAAAACUUUAUCUUACAGUCACUUUAAAAUAAUAUAGUUAUUGAAAAAUGUAACUGCUCCGUUAAUGUUUUGAAAUAAGUUAAAACAUUUUAAAAUAUGAAUACUGUAGUUUAAAACAAAGAACCUGGGGGGAGGAAAAGUAGAGAAAGAGAUGCCAAUUUCAGUCUGAACCUUUAUUUGCCAAGUUUUCUUAGAAUGACUUCUAUCACUUUAUGAAUUCCUGACUGUAUAAUGGAAAUACUGCAAGACUGUUGUCUAAAGUGCCAUUAUUGACUGCUACUGUGAUGCUACUGUAAUGUAAUAAAUUAGGAAAUUGUUGCAAAGUGCUGUUUUUGCC